UGGCCGGCGCGCGCGGUGCAUUGUGGGGCGGCGCGCGCAAGGGGUUGAUGGCGGCCAUCGGAGUUCAUUUGGGCGCGACAUGUGCCUGCGCCGCCGUCUAUAAGGAUGGCCGGGCCGACGUGGUGGCCAACGACGCCGGGGACAGGGUGACUCCUGCCGUGGUGGCUUUCUCGGAGAGCGAGGAGGUUGUUGGCUUGGCUGCAAAACAAAGUAGGAUAAGGAACAUCUCGAACACUGUAGUGAAAGUAAAGCAGAUACUUGGACGGAGGUCUGGUGAUCCACAGGCAGAGAAAUACAUCACAGAAACCAAAUGUUCAGUAAUUGAGAAGAAUGGAAAACUCCUGUAUGAAAUAGAUAAUAAACUUAUUACGCCAGAGGAUGUGGCAAAACUAAUUUUCAGUAAAAUGAAAGAAACUGCUCAGUCUGCCUUGGGUUCAGAUGUGAAUGAUGUUGUUAUCACUGUACCGUUUGAUUUUGGAGAGAAUCAGAAAAAUGCUCUUGGGGAAGCAGCUGCAGCUGCUGGGUUUAAUGUUAUGAGGUUGAUUCAUGAACCGUCUGCUGCUCUGCUGGCUUAUGGAAUUGGCCAAGAUUCACCCACUGGGAAAAGCAAUGUGUUGGUUUACAAACUUGGCGGAACAUCGCUUUCUAUCACUGUCAUAGAAGUAAACAGUGGGAUAUAUCGUGUGCUUGCUACCAACACAGAUGAUAGCAUCGGUGGAGUUUGCUUCACAGAAGCUCUAGCACAACACUUGGCUUCUGAAUUUCAGAGGUCUUGUAAACAUGAUAUUAGGGGAAAUCCCAGAGCCAUGAUGAAGUUAAUGAACAGCGCUGAUACCGCGAAGCACUCUUUGUCAACCCUGGGAAGUGCAAAUUGUUUUGUAGAUUCAUUGUAUGAUGGGUUGGAUUUUGAUUGUAAUGUAUCCAGGGCCAGGUUUGAGCUUAUUUGUUCUUCACUCUUCAGUAAAUGUGUAGAAGCAAUUAAAAAACUCUUGCAGCAAGUUGGAUUUACAGCAGAUGAUAUUAAUAAGGUAGUGCUCUGUGGUGGGUCUGCUCGAAUCCCGAAGCUACAGCAGCUGAUCAAAGACAUAUUUCCAAAUGUGGAAUUACUGAAUUCAAUUCCUCCUGAUGAAGUUAUUCCCAUUGGUGCAGCCAUAGAGGCAGGAAUUCUGCUAGGGAAAGAGAAUCCUUUGUUAGAUGAAGCAGCACUCUUUAUUGAAUGUUCGGCCAAAGAUAUUCUUGUUAAGGGAGUAGACGAGUCAGGGGCUGACAAAUUCACGGUGCUGUUUCCAUCAGGGACACCGUUACCAGCCCGAAGGCAGCACACUCUACAUGCUCCUGGAAACAUUUCUUCUGUGUGCCUUGAACUAUACGAAUCACUGGGGAAAAGCCCCAUGAAUGAAGAAGGUAAAUUUGCUCAGAUUGUACUCCAGGAUUUAGAUAAAAAGGAGGAUGGCCUGCACGAUAUACUAACUGUUCUCACUAUGAAAAGUGAUGGGUCCUUGCACGUUACCUGCACAGAUCAAGAUACCGGGAAGUGUGAAAUCAUCACUGUUGAGGUGGCAUCAUAGUCUCUUUUGAAAGGCAACAUUUUUCUAAGAUGGCUUUUGUCUCUUAUUGGCUUUUCUGCCAAACUGGUGACUCUGAAAUAUCUUCCAUAAUUCUUAAAGGACUGAAAUAAACUGAGGUAAAACAUAAAUUUGCCACCAUGACUGUUAGGAGCGGAAAGCAUGAUGCAAAACAUUAAUGAAGAUAUGCAGACUGCAGAACAUCGAAUUAUCAUCAGCACUUGUUCUGAAAAGUGCAAAGGGCAGAUCUUCUUGCCUAUAGUUUAUCAACAAGGACGUUACCUAGUCAAAAGAGUUUUUCCUUGGACUAAUCAGGUCAUGUACCCACUCAACCAGUAUAUCUGUGGCUUCAACAGCCUAGCAUUGAACCAGCAAGAAGGGCUAGACUGAUGAAAAUCCACUCUCUGGUAACUGUACCAACUUGUACUGAAAUCCUGCCUGGUCUCUGAUGUUGUCAGAAACCAUGGAGGUGAUGCCCAUCUGCACUGGCCUCCUGAGAAAUUACUGUAAGAUGAUUUUUGUGGUGUUACCUGAAAAAUGUGUGCAAGGGUUACUUGUGCUUAUUUAUGUGGUGUUAAUAAAAUGGGGUUUUUUAUACAGAUUCUGGCAUCCUCCAUUGUGUGUGGCACUGUUUUAACCUGUACAUCAUCGUUUCUUUUGUUUGGAUAUAAGCUGGCAGCUUUUUUCACUUGAGGGGAGUAAUAGGAAGGAGAUGGAACAGG